ACUGUUAAAGAACGGCAUAUGUGGAGUUGUAGUUUACCAAACAACCAACCAGUCAAACUAAUUUUUGAACUGCCAUGUGAGAAAAAUACUAUUGCCAGAAUUAAUAUAUGGAAUUAUAAUAAAAAUAUUUCAGAAUUGAACAUAGGUGCCAAAGACGUACGUAUCCUGGUUGAUGGUAAAGACAGGUGGUGUGGUGAAAUUGACAAGGGGUGUGGCAAUCAGGUGUUUGAUUACAGCAAAGAAAUCUCAUUAGAAUGUCAUGAGUUGAAUAGGACAUUUGAUUGUGGUGACGGCCCACAGCAGGUGAUCAGUGAGAGUUGUUGGUUGGAAACACCCCAGAAGACAAAGGUCACCAAGGAGACAAGAGAGAAUGUUUUAGAGAUGUUUGGUGGGAAGAGAUCUCCAACAAAAGGGAAGGAGAAACCACGUAGAAGUAGAACACCAAGAAAGAUGGCAGCACAGUUAUCAAACCAGUCUUCUGACAGCACUUCAACAAGUGACUCUAUACAUUCCAGUAGUGAAUCCAUCUCAAGAGAAUCCCCAAUGCCAAUGGAGAACCAACUUAAAUAUCCAACAGAAAAUCCAACAAGAGUUUCUCAAGAAAACCAACUUUCUAUUCCAAAGCAGAGUAAAUCUUUUACAGUGGCUGCCAGUCCAGAAGAACCUUCUAUGUUACAGCAGCUUCUACAACUCAAAAGUUCCACAGAUGCCACACCUAGGCCGAAAAGUCAACAGAAACCAACAUGGCUGCAAUCACCAGAAAAAGAAUUGGUUGAUAAAGUAUCAUCGUUAGAUCUGUCACCACUUUUAAAAGAAGAAAAGAGGAAAGACGAAGACAAAGCAAUUAGUCGAAGAACCCCUUAUCAAGAAGACUGGGAAGCAAAUGUUGUGGUUGUGAAACCAGACAGCAAAACCCACAUAGAGGGUGAAGCGUUAACAACCAGGGCACAGUGGCGGCAAUUUCAAGAUGUCAGCUUAGAAGAAUCAUGGAAUUCUCUAUCCUUAUUUAACAAGUCACAACGAGGUCGACUCUCAGCUAAUAUGAACACAGAUUUACAAGGUGAUGCUUUAGAUUCUUAUUUAUUGAAACCCAAACCUGCAAUUCAAGAGAAUAUCCAAGAAGAGGAAGAAGAUGAGGUAGCUGUCAGUGAUGAAGAUAGUGAUUUUGAAAUUCCUGAACAACCAUUUGGUCAAUACAUUGAUGUCAAUAUUAAAUCAACAUGGGGAGAUAAACAUUAUGUUGGCUUGAACGGUAUUGAAAUAUUCCAGUCAUCGGGAGAACCAGUCAAGAUAGCACAGAUCACAGCAGACCCGAGUGAUAUCAACAUAUUAGAUGGUUACGCUAAUGAUCCACGCGUGGUGACUAAUCUGAUAGAUGGAGUCAAUAGAACGCGGGAUGACGUUCAUAUGUGGUUAGCGCCGUUCACACCUGGAAACAAUCAUCUCAUAUUCAUCACACUGGAAAAACCAGUCAAGAUUGCUAUGAUAAGGAUAUGG